UGCUCCACAUGUAUUAUUAAAUCCAUUUAUGCAAAUAUAUUUUCUUCAUUUCAGGAUGACUACAUCAAAAACAUGGAGGGGAAUGUGGGUUCCGACGAAAACGUGGACACCACCAAGGACCCGUGCCAGAACGUGAAGUGCAGCCGCCACAAGGUGUGCGUGGCUCAGGGCUACCAGAGGGCCAUGUGCGUCAACCGCAAGAAGCUGGAGCACAGGGUCAAACAGCCGGAAGGCCGGGAGAGCGGCUGCAGACCCUGUCCCGCGGCCGCCUCCUCGCCCGUGUGCGGCUCUGACGGACACAACUAUGCCUCCGAGUGUAAGCUGGAGCAGCAGUCCUGCCUCACAGGCAAAGACCUGAAUGUCAUGUGCACCGGCUUCUGCCCCUGUGCCACAGCCCCAGUCAUCGUCACAAACACUGACACCAAGCGAGAGAGCUGCACUGGCCAGGACCUGGCAGACCUGGGCGACCGCCUCAGAGACUGGUUCCAGCUCCUUCACGGGAACGCCAAGCACAACAACUCUGGCAAGCUCGGCGCCGGCACAGCCUCAGCGCUGGACAGGAGCCUGGUGGCCAGCUGCAAGGACUCCAUUGGCUGGAUGUUCUCAAAGCUGGACACCAACAGCGACCUGUACCUGGACCAGGCGGAGCUGGCUGCUGUUAACCUGGACAAGUAUGAGAUCUGCAUCCGACCCUUCUUCAACUCCUGUGACAGCUACAGGGACGGAAAGGUCUCCACGGCGGAGUGGUGCCUCUGCUUCUGGAGAGAAAAGCCGCCGUGCCUCGCUGAGCUGGAGAGGAUCCAGGUGCAGGAGGCAGCCAAGAAGAAGCUCGUGAUGUACGUUCCCAGCUGCGACGAGGACGGCUACUACAGGAAAGUGCAGUGUGACCAAAGCCGAGCGGAGUGCUGGUGCGUGGACCAGCACGGUGGAGAGAUGACUGGCACCAGAAUCCAUGGCAACCCAGACUGCGAUGAAGCGGCGGGAUAUUCUGGGGAUUUUGGGAGCGGAGUGGGAUGGGAGGACGAAGAGGAGAAGGAGGCAGAGGACAACGGGGAGGAGGCGGAGGAGGAGGAGGAGGAGGAGGGCGAGGCGGACGACGGGGGAUACAUCUGGUAGAGCUGACUCCUCCCACCUGGAGAGCCGGGUCACAGCUGCUGGCAGAACCAAAGGGAUGGCUCUUUCCUUACCACACAAGAUUUGGGGGUCGGACUCGGGGAGGCAUGGAACUAUGUGGAGGUGGGCGGGUCCACCGAUGAGGCCGCGCCCAGUUUUCUGUCUUAGAUAUGUGUAAUUGCUUCAUUCUCUUCUCUGUUCUUGAGCAACGGAGCUUUUUGUUUCGCAGGGCCCCCUGACUACUGCGCCAUAGGUAGCUAAAGUCCAUCAGAGUUCCUAUCUUGUCCGAUCGCCAUCUAUGCAUAUAGAGAUUACCAGUGAUUUCGUAUCGUGUCAACAAUUGCUUGAGUAGUUGAGCUGGCGUCCCGGGGGAAUUACUACAGAUCAGAAUUUAAAGGAAAAGUUUGACAUUUUAGAAAAUAUGCUGGUUAUUUGGAGAAAGCUGGAGGAGAACAUUAGGUGUGACUUUUACAACAAUAAGAAUCCAGUAAAGAUGAGCUCAAAUUGUCCUGAUGACAACUUCAUGAUUUCACAGUUAGUUUUGACAACUGGCAACAUUAGCUAUCUGCAAAGGUAACAUAUUAGUGUUGAGUUCACACAGACACCUCCCGAUAACAAUGUUCUCUCACUUAUCUCUCAGCAAGAAAGCAAAUAAGUGUAAGUCUGAAAACGUGAACCUAUUCUUCUGAAGCAAGUGUGGUUUAGUAUUCACAGUCUGAUCCAGUAUAUACGUGUAAAUCCAGUGUAAAUGAUCCGUGAUGCAAGUUUAGACAGUUUCCGGUUACUAUGGUUUCAGGCUCUGUGUGUGGUAACUGUGCACUGCAGCUUUUAAAUGUUGUACCAGCUAGAUGGAUACACGACGUACAGGUUUUAAUUGGAAUACAUUCGUUAAAAUCCUAAAGAAUGUACUUUAAUGACCCAGGCUGCACCUAAACUUGAAAUCACUCUCCUCUACUAACGCUGUGCCACUAUUGUUUUAAUUGUUUUCAACUUGAAAAUCUGUACUUUGUGUUUAUAAAAAAACUGUGCACUUCUUGAAGUUUUGUGUGUACUCUAAUUCACAUUGUAUUUUUUUUAUUGACUAUAUUGUUGCCAUGUCUUCAUUCAUGCUAUCGAUAGGGCAGACAUUUGGUUGUUUUUGGUAUUGCAUGUUAGUAAAUAAGAAUGUACAUCUAGGCUGAGCACUUUACUAAUAAAGGCACUGGAGCCAAA